UCUUGUAAAGCCCUCAAAUCUUUGUGUCCAAGAGCAGGCAGCAAAUUGUUAUGGGCCAAACUCCCCUUGAGCUUCUUGCCGAGCCCAUCCAAGCCGGCACCGUGAGACUCCCGGACGGGGGAGUGAUCAUCUUCAUUUGAGCCUAAGUCUUUGGUUGGAGAAGAGGCGCGGUCUAUGCCUGAUACUUUGCGACCGAAAGAGCCUAGGGAAAAUUUGCCUGAGGUAUUGCGGAUCGACAUUGUAUAGAUGCAGGUGAGAAAUUGUGAAUGCACUGCUGGAAGUUGAAGUGCUCUCAGAGCCUUGGCUUAUAACCUUUGAGCCUCGCUGUUAAAGUUCAUUCGGAGAUCGGGACCGCAACGCUGUGUUGUUGUGGCGAAAGGCGGACAUAGCCGCGGAACCCUUGUUUUUUAUUUUUUGGUGGUUGCUGGUGGUGGGCGGAAGAGUCGGCGUUAUGACGUGUGGCCACGAUCGCUGAUGGUGCCUGUAUUUGCUCGGAUCUCUUUGGUUCUUUGUUCUCACGCACAGUUAGUAAUCUUCUACGCCCCGCUGCCAGCAAACAAUUCAAUAUAUCUAUCGUAUAGUGCUCUCCAAUCACACUCGUAGCUCGGGAAACUCUUGCUCAUGCAUCGGCGCUGAGCAUUUCACCAACCAGCGCGCCCCGUCAAAGUAACCCCUGAUCACACUCGCUUCUCCGAUAACCGGCUCAGCACACGACAUCAUGUAUGAAUUUGAUGCGUGAUCGCAGGACAAAGGGGUCCAUCAUCUUCGCGUAUUUCCCUUUGUUUUGCGCACGCUUCGGUGCUCUCCUCGGCCGCCUUCAUCUGCGACACUCACCUCGGCCUCUGACUACGUAUUUGUUGACGCCUUUUUGUACUUCUGACACUGGCAAUUCCUUCACUGUCACCCUCGUCAAAAGCUUCACCUGAAAUCAACCAUCGAAUCCGAUGUCAAGGAGCUGUAUAAGAUCUGGUUGAAGAGCAAGCAAGUGCAUUCUGGAACCCUCUUCGAAAUACUUGCUUUAUAACGCAGUCUAUUAUCCAGGCAUUACUUACCGCUUUGUAACUAGUAGCCACGCGACCGCGAUCUAGUAGGCUCGAGCACCUCUACCCCUAAUCGACCAGUGAACAAUAGCAAUCGCCAGCUUUUACCCCCUUCCCAAACCAGUAUAUUCUCUUUUGGCAAGUGGCAAUUCUUCGCUUGAAACAAUCCAACCAAGGCUGGGUAAGCCGACAUUAUUUACACUUCGUUCGGUCUUCAUUCAUCACCUCGUUGGUGCUGCGUAUGUCCAGACGACUUUCGGGCUGAAAGGUUGAAUUCCUCCACCAGAGUCAUACAAUAUAAUCUUGCACAAACUGUUUAACUUCCACCAUCUCCAACCUUUGAUAUAUUACGCCCUCGCGACACCUUAGCGUAACCAUAGUUUAGAACUUAGACUCUCACAAUGGCUUUCUAUGGAAACGGAAUGAUGCCUGGCAUGUACCCUGGUGCCGGAAUGGGCAUGGGUAUGGGAUAUCCCGGAAUGGGAGUAAUGCCCUAUGGAAUGAUGGGUGGCGGCUAUGGAAUGCCUCGGUACGGCGGUAGCAUGUACGGUGGUGGUUACGGAGGAUACGGUGGUUACCAAGGGAUAUACGACCCCAUGUUAGGAGCUUUUGGUGCGCCGCCUGCUGCAAACUUCGUGGAUGAUAAUCCAGACGCUCAUCGUAUUGAACACGCUUUCCGUCAAUCAAUGCCAGACACCUACGGGAUGGGAAUGGGGAUGUUACCCGGUGGAAUGGGGAUCAACUCUCUACCCGGAAGUCAGAUGUUGCUCUACGGACGUGGAAUGCCGUAUAACGGGUGGUACGCCUAGUAUUAACAUUUCAUUCGUUAUGAUUUAGUAAAUCAACGUUCCGCUCGAUAACGUUAGUCAAUUUCUUGAUUGUCCUUACCCUCGAGAGACGCAAGGUCGGGGGGCGUAGCAGUGUCUCAUAUGUGAUGGUGCAGAAGAACCGAUUGUGAAGGUCUCACCAGAUAUUACUAUGUGUACAUGUAUAUGAGUAACUUUCGUUGCAGGAAUCAUUGGCACCCAUCUUUGUUUCUUCCCUUUCUUCACUCUGAAAACUAUAUGCUCGAGGUGGCUAAACCAUGUUCACAAAGGACCGUAGGUUGUACUGCCAUUAUACUUAAAAUUUACCCGCAAGCAAUCAUCUAGCCUAUGCAGGAUGAUGGCAUGUAACUUAUUCCACUUUUUAUCCGCUACAUCAUUGGAAGGAAGUUCUUGGACGUCGCGGCAACAACAGUUCAUUAGUAGAGUACCGCUGGUAGUUAGGAAUGUAGAUCGAAUAGAUUGAGAAUGUUGAAAGGAGGAAUGAAAAGCCAUAUCAGCCCUCUUUUCUCUCUCUUUCCAUUUGGUACCACGGCUUGUGGGGGGUGCAAGAAGGGAUUGAGGCCUUCUGUCAGGGGGCUAUCUCUUCUGGCGAUAGCCUUCAACAGGUUAGGGACAACAAAUGAUCCGAGGGCCUCUUUAAAUAGGCAGCCAGAUCAAUGCCGGAAGAUGAUAGCUUUAAGUAGACGAAGAGUACUUGGAGAAGACAACAAUAGUGGAUCGACAAGUAUCUAAAACUAUGGAAAACUACUGU